UAAAUUUGUGAAAAAUAUGAAGUAAAUAUUUUGUUACAUUUAUUUUAAAAUUUAUUUUGAAAUCGUGAGGACUAUCAACUCGGCAAACUAGAGCAAUAAAUACAAAGAAAAUGUUAUCUCGUCUCUGAGAAAUAUACAACAAUUGAAAGCGUCGCWAACACUACAAGGUCAUCUCUGUAAUCGCCUAAUACUCCUUUAUUGUUUAAAAGCAUUAAGCAAAAAAGUUGCGGGAAUUUGUAGAUGACAUGUCAAAAUGUAAAUUGGAAAAGAGUAGCAYUUCCUACAAAAUAGAGGAGAAAAAAUCCCAACUAAUCACUAAUGAUCGUACGAGCACGAUUACGCUUACUAAUAAAGACGAUGCAGAUAMCUGUACCACAGCUGCAAGUAGCACAUCGCUGCUGGCGCAAAGAACGCAUUGUCAAGAGUUGCAGAGAUUUGUAGUGAUACCAAAACCCAGAGUGUUAAAUAUUUGUGCACUAAAUCCUAACACAAAAGAGUUUGAAGUGCCAACGGGCGCAAUAUACACGCCACAAGCAACAGAGCUACCAACACAAGCCGCUUGUAUGGGCUUUAACAAACCGAAACAUGAAAGACCACAAUUUCUAUAUGAACAGUAUCCGCUUAAGCCGGCACUACUGUACGACAGCCCGUUGAGCUUUGUACGCGAUCCACUAAGUCGUUUAGAUCAAAUAGUUUACUUGCCGCAAAGCUCAUUUCAUUCCAUCACUUCGGUUUUGCCCUGUAGUCAAUGUGCCUUAGGGCGUACGUCAUACAAUCUGCCAGAGUAUCCUUCAAAUGUACAAAAUUCACGUCUGAUCAGUGGCGAGGAGGAAUGCAGAUAUAAUGAAAUUGCUAAAGCGGCGUGGAAGACGAGAGAGGCUUWUGCAUCGACUGAGGACACAUCUACGCAAAGUGUUUGUUCGACCUGUCAUCGCAAAGGAUUCUUAGUACCGCAUUCCUCACAAUAUUACACAGAACCAAACAAUGAGCUUGUAGUAGAGCCGAGUACGUUGCGAGAAACCGACGAUGCGGCUACGUUAUCGGAAGCGUAUAAAACUGCACCGCAGAGCAUAGCCGAUAGUUUAGUUAGCGAUAAUGAAAAACAUUUGGAAACCAAAGAAUCAUGCUUGUUUCAUAACCCGUGUUACCGAUAUGAGRCAGAAAAUAUAGUAGAGUCACGACUUGAACCAGUGUUUUCCUCUGAUAACUCUCGGCUGACUAUAUCCCUCGAUUCGUACGUACCCGAUUACUGUGAAUCGGUGCCAAUAUUUGAAGUGUUACCCACAAAUAAUUUUAUGGAUUACUCGUAUCAACCGGCGCUAAGUCAUAUAGAUUCACUUCUGCUUUAUGCGAGAUUCAAGCAAAAAAGAAGAAAAGCACGCGAAACUUUUGAUGUUGGCGAAGGAAAACCUUUGCGGUUCAUUGCAUUUUUCGAUGAUGCACAACUCGUUAAGAAGUCAUCGGAUGAGGAUAUUAUUUUUGGUGGCGCUCGUGGACUAAAUUAUAAACUACAAUGUUGGGAGGAAUCACGCAUCGCUUGGUUGUCUGAGCUUGAACGUCGUCACGAGGUAUAYCGUCGACGUCAAAAACGUGCCGAGCUGCGUAAAUUGAAACAGCAAGCCGCACAAAGUUGCUCCGGCCAAUGCUCACUUUGGUGUCACCGACUACGCUCUUGGUUAGCGAAAUGGAAAGGAUAAAGAAGUGUGCAUUUAAAGUUUACUGAAACCAAGAUCGAAACAACACCUGAAAUUUUUUUGACUAAUAUAGAAAAAAAAUUGUA